AGGGGCCUGGCCCCAGAGCAGAGCUGCCCGCGGGCCCUGGACGGGACUUGGUUCAUGGUCAGCGUGUCCAGCCCGGUCGUCAGCCUCUCCAGCCUCCUGCGACCGCAGUCCGAGUCUCAGCCGGAGCCUGCAGUCAUCACCAUGGCAACAGCCGUGCUGACUGUCGUCACCCACACGCCUACCACUCGAGUCCGACUGGGACAGGAUGCUCUGCUGGACUUGAGCUUUGCCUACAUGCCCCCCACCCCAGAGGCCACUGCAUCUCUGGCCCCAGGUCCCCCUCCCUUUGGGCUGGAGUGGCGACACCAGCACCAGGGUAAGGGGCACCUGCUCCUGGCUGCAACUCCUGGGCUAGAUGGGCAAACGCCAGCUGCCCGAGAUGGGGCAGUGGCAUUUGCCGCUUGGGAUGAUAACGAGCCAUGGGGUCCCUGGACUGGAAAUGGAACUCUCAGGCUACCUGCAGUGCAGCCCCGCCAGGAGGGCGCCUAUAUGGCCACCGUACACCUGUCAUACCUGCAAGGGCAGGUCACUCUGGAGCUUGCUGUGCAGAAGCCCCCCAAAGUGUCCCUGACGCCAGCACCUCUUGUAUGGGCUGCCCCUGGGGAGGCACCCCCAGAAUUGCUCUGCCUUGUUUCCCACUUCUACCCCGCUGCGGGCCUGGAGGUGGAGUGGGAACUCCGAGGCCCAAACGGCAGCAUUCAGGAGGCCAAGGGGCACCAGUGGCUCUCAGCCCUGCACCACCACUCGGAUGGCUCCGUCAGCCUCUCGGGGCUCCUGCAGCCGGCCCCCGUCACCUCCGCUCAGCAUGGGGCCCGCUAUGCCUGCCGUGUCCACCACCCCAGCCUGCCCCCCUUGGGGCGCAGCGCUGAAGUCACUUUGGAGGUGGCAGGUCGCUCUGGACCCUCCCUGGAGGAUGGCAUCGGCCUCUUCCUGUCCGCCUUCCUACUCCUAGGCCUCCUCAAGGUGCUGUGCUGGGCAGCUGUCUACCUGUCUACUUCCAAGAAGUCAAAGGAGAAGAAAUCACAGUGAGGGCACUCAUCAUCUGGGGAAGCCACCAUCACCUGUCACCUGCUCCUGCUUUCAAUCUCUCCACUGAGUGGCUGGAAAGUUGUUGUUUUUUUGGUGUGUUUUUUUCACAGACACAGAUCCAUGGCAUUCACCUUCUUAGAGCGCUAGGGCAGUGGUUUCUCACAAUUUUUAGUCUCAGGACCUCUUAAAAAUUAUCAAGGACUCUAAAGAGCUUUUGCUUAUGUGGGUUACAAACUACAGACAUUUAUCAUAAUAGAACUUAGAACAGGCAAGUUUA